UCUGGGAAGCAGAAAAGCUCAGACGGGAGGCGGCGGAGACACUAGACAGGUCCGGAUGACGGCUACAAAAACUUCAAACCUAAGCCAGCCACAACGAGUCAAGGGUUUUAGAAAUCCAGAGGCUUCGAAGGAAGGAAUUAGUCCACUUAGUGAGAAAUAUUGGUAUCAACGAUACAGUCUAUUCUCGAAAUAUGACCAAGGUAUCCAAAUGGACGAAGAAGGAUGGUUCUCUGUAACACCCGAAGAAAUUGCCAUUAGACAUGCUGAGAGGUGUGCGGGUCAUGAGGUUGUAAUUGAUUCCUUCUCUGGAGUUGCAGGAAAUGCUAUUCAGUUCGCCAGAAAGGGUUGUCAUGUUAUUGCCAUAGACAUAGAUCCUGCAAAAGUUGCACUGGCCAUGAAUAAUGCAAAAGUAUAUGGAGUUGAGGAAUAUAUCGAUUUCGUUGUUGGAGAUUUUUUCACGCUUGCUCCACCGUUGAAGGGAGAUAUAGUGUUCCUUUCACCACCAUGGGGCGGUCCUUCUUAUAAAGACAUCCAAACAUUUACACUUGAUUUACUUAAGCCAAUUGAUGGUUAUACUUUGUUUCAGGUUGCUCAGGCUAUAACUCCUAAUAUCAUUAUGUUUCUGCCUCGGAACAUCAACCUAGAACAAGUUCCGGAGUUGUCUUGGCUGUCUUCUCCUCCUCUGGAGCUUGAGGUUGAACUGAAUUAUGUGCAAAACCAUCUUAAGGGUGUAACUCUAUACUUUGGUAGUACGGUCGCUACUUCUCCCAGAUUUUCAUCAGAGUAUAAGGUGUUUCCAUAUGAAGUCAGUUAAUUAGAGGUGUUAAUCUCUCUUGAGUGUAAAGCUGUCUUUCAUAUUUAUACAUUGGUUGUGACUCGAACUUCAAAUAUUUACUCAAUUGACGAGUUUUUGCCACUCACUAUUUUAUUUUAAAAGAAGUUUGAGCA